AAGGCAAACACUCGGCCCUCAACUCCAUAAUGGGUGCCAACUCUGGAGGUCUGGCGCUUAACAUCACAUUUGCGGGAACUGUUAGUAUCAGUGCUGCCGGUAGUGAUGGACACGCAGUGAAGGUCUCGACCGCCUAUUUGGGAGGUUUGGGUCUUCUUCUGGGAGUAAGAGCUCAACAAAACAAAGCCUUUUCAUUGGAUUCCGAAUCCAUUCCUUCGGAUCCAUUCCUGAAGAAUAUCUACGAAACAAACCUAAACUCCCAAAAAAUGUUAUCCACGUCUGAGACGGGAGUACUCGUAGCCCACGGGUCGGCCACCGGAUCCCAAAUGACGACAAACAACGGGAAACUGGAAAGUGGUUUAAUCGGAGGCUUUGUUGUCGGCAAUGUCUACGGCUUGGGUGCGGGCGCUGUGGCCGACAUUAAUGGCGGCAAAAAUGGGAACAAAAAUGUGGACGAAAAACAAGAAGUGAAGACAAUUACCGAACCUUUAUAUGAGAAAUACAUGAAAUCGUUGUCAUCGAAGGACUCUUCGGCCGGUCUAUUGGUUUUGGCCGAAGGACUGAACGCUGGGGAGGCUGUGAUCGCCACCCGUGAGGGUUGGCUCGACGUUAAGGGCGCCUCCGGUUUCAAACUGGGAUCUUAUACUGAGAUCUCUACCAGAGGUUAAAUUAUUUGAAAAUCUAAUUAUUUAUUUAAUGUAAUUUAAAUAUAAAAAUAAAAACUUAUUACAAUUUAAUAUAAAGUACGUGUAUUAUGUU